AUGACAGCCUCCGUGCUCCUCCACCCCCGCUGGAUCGAGCCCACCGUCAUGUUUCUCUACGACAACGGCGGCGGCCUAGUGGCCGACGAGCUCAACAAGAACAUGGAAGGGGCGGCGGCAGCGGCGGCGGCGGCGGCGGCGGCGGCGGCGGCCGGGGCCGGGGGCGGGGGCUUCCCCCACCCUGCGGCCGCGGCCGCAGGGGGCAACUUCUCGGUGGCGGCAGCCGCCGCGGCAGCGGCCGCGGCAGCGGCCAACCAGUGCCGCAACCUGAUGGCGCACCCCGCGCCACUGGCGCCCAGCGCGGCUGCCGCCUACAGUACCGCGCCGGGGGAGGCGCCCUCAUCGGCUGCCGCCGCCGCCGCCGCCGCGGCCGCCGCCGCCGCAGCAGCCGCCGCAGCCGCGUCGUCCUCGGGAGGACCCGGCCCGGCGGGCCCAGCUGGCGCCGAGGCCGCCAAGCAGUGCAGCCCCUGUUCGGCGGCGGCACAGAGCUCGUCUGGGCCCGCAGCGCUGCCCUACGGCUAUUUCGGCAGCGGCUACUACCCGUGCGCCCGCAUGGGACCGCACCCCAACGCCAUCAAGUCGUGCGCGCAGCCCGCCUCGGCCGCCGCCGCCGCCUUCGCUGACAAGUACAUGGAUACUGCCGGCCCAGCGGCGGAAGAGUUCAGCUCCCGCGCUAAGGAGUUCGCCUUCUACCACCAGGGCUACGCGGCCGGGCCUUACCACCACCAUCAGCCAGUGCCUGGCUACCUGGAUAUGCCGGUGGUGCCAGGCCUUGGGGGCCCUGGCGAGUCGCGCCACGAGCCCCUGGGUCUUCCCAUGGAAAGCUACCAGCCCUGGGCGCUGCCCAACGGCUGGAACGGCCAAAUGUACUGCCCCAAAGAGCAGGCGCAGCCUCCCCACCUCUGGAAGUCCACUCUACCCGACGUGGUCUCUCAUCCCUCGGACGCCAGCUCCUACAGGCGGGGGAGAAAGAAGCGUGUACCUUAUACCAAGGUGCAGUUAAAAGAACUCGAACGGGAAUAUGCUACAAACAAAUUCAUUACCAAGGACAAACGGAGACGGAUAUCAGCCACGACGAAUCUCUCCGAGCGGCAGGUCACAAUCUGGUUCCAGAACAGAAGGGUCAAAGAGAAAAAAGUCAUCAACAAACUGAAGACCACUAGUUAA